AUGGCGCUUCCCAGUUGUUCCUUCUGGCGCCUGCGUAGGAGUACCCUCUCCGCGCUCUAUGUCAUUUUUACCGUGGUUUUCUUUUGCAUCGUGUCCAUCUGGUAUGGCAUGAACUCGGACAGAAAUUACAUCCAUCCACUUCUGACGCAAUUAAUCCCCGCCGGCCAUUGCGCCUGUCAAACCUCCACAACCUUCCAGUGCUCCAGCUGCCUCUCCUGCUCCCAGACCAGUCUCCUCCAACAACUCACCCCCUCGACCAAUUGGCGCUACCAAUAUGAACGCGACGCCGGCGAUGAAGGCCUUGACCGGGGACAAUGCAGGACUGCGUUCCCGGGGCUCUUCGAAGACGUGUUUCGCGCCGUGAAUUACUGGCGGUAUCACGGUAACCUCGCGACAGAAGACCUCGAUCGCAUCAACCUGCAACCCGGAAUGGCACGCGCGUCGAUUUACCGCGGAGAGCUCUAUGUGAAUGCUGCCCGCGCAAAAGGCGAAGACCAUCGCCAGAAGAUUUUGGCCGUGUUGAGCGCGAUCCAUCGAGCGCUGGUCGCCGACCGGGAUCGCCGCUCGCGAGACAUAAGUUUUGUGUUUUCCGUCGAGGACAAAGUGGAGGAUGUGACGAGUUCGGAGUAUCCGGUGUGGGUGUUUUCGCGGGCUGCGACCGAGGAGGCGGUUUGGUUAAUGCCGGAUUUUGGGUAUUGGGCUUGGGAUAAUCCGCAGAAUCCAAUCGGGCCGUUUGAUCAGGUGGUUGAGCAUAUUCAGGAAGUUGAUGUACCGUGGCCGGAGAAGAAGAGGCAGCUGGUUUGGCGCGGAAAGCCUAGUUUUGCUCCGAAGCUGCGACGGGCGCUGCUUGAGGCAGCGCGGGAUAAGACCUGGGGCGAUGUGAAGCAGGUGGAUUGGCAGGAGAAGGCCAAUAUUAUCAAGAUGGAGGACCACUGCAAGUAUAUGUUUAUUGCACAUGUCGAGGGUCGCUCGUACUCUGCCUCCCUGAAAUACCGUCAAGCCUGCCGCUCCGUGAUCGUGGCCCACAAACUGCAGUUUAUCCAACACCACCACUACCUGCUGGUCUCCAGCGGUCCCGAGCAAAACUAUGUCGAAGUAGAACGAGACUUUAGCGACUUGGCCGACAAGUUGGAACCCCUGGUCGAGAACCCGGAUGCCGCCAAGCGCAUAGCUGACAACAGCGUGCGAACCUUCCGCGAACGAUAUCUGACCAAAGCAGCCGAAGCGUGCUACUGGCGGGCACUCUUCGAUGGCUAUGGGGCUGUAUGGAAUAGUAGUGGCGUGCGCGAUGCACGGGAACGAGGUCUACGAUAUGAGUCGUUUGUGUUACUGGAGAGUUCGGAAAUGGUCGGGUUUGCACAUAGCUAA